CACUCGUCGUGAAUCAUACGUGUUUAAUCGAAUCAUACAUUAAAAUGAGCAUUUUUUUUGUUUUUUCCAAUAAUUAUUGAAGGAUUUGAAAAGGAAUGUAUGAGUUUAAAAUGAAGAGCAGACUUGUGUUAGAGGAUUUUAAUCCGCCCUUGUGAAUCAUCAAACAUUGAACAGUGGUAAAGUAAAGUUUGGAGUGCCAAGUGAUGCCUAUAAGUGAAAAUAAGUGAAAAAAAUCGGUUGAAAUAAUGGAGUCUAACAACAUGUCCAACCCGGCCAAUACGACCGAGUUUUGGGGAUCUGAAGAGGUUCAACUUGGAAUGACAGACUCGAGCUUUAGCCACACAACGCGUCGUGAUCCCCUGUAUUUAGUGAUCCCAGUAACAAUAAUCUACCUAUCAAUAUUCCUCACCGGUACAAUAGGGAAUGUUUGCACAUGCAUUGUAAUAGCACGCAACAAGUCAAUGCAGACAGCAACGAAUUACUAUCUGUUUAGUCUUGCUAUAUCAGACCUGUUGCUUCUUAUGUCUGGUUUACCUGCCGAGGUCUAUCUCGUCUGGUCCAAGUAUCCAUACAUAUUCGGCCAAGGUUUUUGUGUACUGAGAGGUCUCGCUGCUGAGUGUUCAACAAAUGCCAGUGUAUUAACUAUAACGGCAUUUACUAUUGAACGUUAUGUGGCAAUAUGCCAUCCAUUUUUAUCCCACACCAUAUCAAAAUUGUCAAGAGCAAUAAAACUCAUCCUCCUAAUAUGGCUGAUAGCACUGUGCUUUGCCAUACCACAAGCCCUCCAGUUUGGUCUCUUGCAGAUCCCUAAUGAAAGCCCGGAUGCUAUCAUCUGUACUUUGAAGAAUGUUUUUAUACAGCAUUCCUUCGAAUUAUCCACUCUACUCUUUUUCAUUUUACCAAUGAUACUCAUCACGGUGCUUUAUGCCCUUAUUGGACUCAAAUUGAGAAAAACUAAUAUCAUGAAGAAAACAAAUAUGCGAUCCCAGAGAGGAGGACUUGCCAACAGCAGAUUAAGAGACUGCAGAUAUCACACUGGAAAAUCAUCUAGACGAGUUCUCAAAAUGCUUGUUGCAGUUGUAAUCGCAUUCUUCAUUUGCUGGGCACCUUUUCACCUUCAACGUCUUAUUGCAAUCUAUGGUACAGGAACUGAUGGAAUUUCCUCGAAAACCAAAUGGUUCGAGGUUCUCUAUUACAUCUUCACGUACAUCUCAGGGGUAUUGUACUAUGUUUCAACAACUAUCAAUCCCAUCCUGUACAACAUCAUGUCACAUAAAUUUCGAGAAGCCUUCACGGUAACCCUAGCAACAACCUGUGCUCGCUCAUCAUUUUCUAGCCAAUGUGAGCAAAGAUCCUAUUCGAGCUUAUCAAGAUCUCAACAAAGAACAGCAGGUGCUUCUGCCUCUCGAACUGUUGGUUAUGGAGGUGUAAUGCCUCAGGAAAGUUCCGACUGCUCGGCAAACUCAUUGAAAGAAGAAAGCCGUCGACAAAGCACUUUUGUACCGAGUCAAUCCGAGAUUGGAGCAGCUGUUGAUUCUAGGGAGGGUUCUGCAUCACUUGAACUAAGUGACUAUCGAAAUCGAUAUUCAGUAAAACGUAUACCGACCAUCAAAUUAAAUUGUCGAGAUUCAAGGUGUACAAUUACUUCAUACAGAACUGAACCCUCAGAAUUGAGGCAAAUCUCAUCGUCCCUGAAGGGUAAAGCUAUUUCUCAACCACAAAGUGAUGACCUUCUUCUUUGUCAAAAUGAUAUGAGCGGAAAAACCAACAAUGACUGUAAAAAUGCUAAUAAUUAUAAACGGAACAAGGAGAAUUAUGUGGACACACGUGAAAAGAAGUGGUGGAAUAUAAUCAGAUGGUUUCCAGGUCAAAAAGUCUUUAAAUUCAAAUCCACUGGAGCUAAUUUUGGGGAGGGUAUUGCUGAUAUUGAAAGUAAGCGCGAGGAAUACUCAAUGACCACUUGCUAUAUUGCGAAAGACAACAGAUUCGUUUAAGAAAGUCGUGGAAUAUUUCCAUCCAGAGAUCAUCCAAAUUUUUCCUAUUUUAACCAAUUAUACACAUUUUUUUUUUCACCCCUGAAAAAUACUUUAAGACCUCUAAAGGGGAGUCAUUCACAAUAAUACACUUUCAAUAGGAUUUUUUUUUUUUCCCCGAAGAGAAGCAAAAAUGAUGAAUAAUUAAAAUGAGUGUGCACCGGUUGAUUAGUUCAUAUUAAGUAAGUCUAACCUAGUAAUUCAAUUCAACAACAAAACAUUAUGUGUAAAAAUAGACUGAGGUACAGUAAUAAUUGUGCAUGUAAAUCUGUAAAAGUACAAGCGUGCAAAACAGCUUAUACAAACAGGUACAUACACAUUGACCUUGUUAGCUCAAAGUACGACGAUUGAGUAAUCCUUGAGUGGAGGGAGAACAUAAUUCGAGGGAAUGAAAAAAAUAGGUCCAACGAAUACGGGGAACGAAUGACAGAAUACAGCAGACCAAGAGACAAAAGAAUACAAAAUUUCCAGAAUAUUCGCAAAUAUGUUGGGAAUUUUUUGCAGGAGUACAAGAGAAUAAUCAACUUUUUGUUCAUCUUUCCCUCUCCUUUAUUCUUUGACAUUUUUUGGAAUUGAUGUUGGUUACCUUGUAAUUCCAUUUUUAUUUUUCAUCUCCUGACCCCUCGAUAGUGGAGACUGGGCUAUGAAGGACAGCGCAAUUCGCCAAUAUUAGUGAAUAUUUAAGUAGUUUGAAUAAUUUGACUAUUCUCGAGUCGUUUGACCGGUUCGUAGAUAUCUCCGGGAAUUGAUUAUUUCGUAGAUUGUGUGGAUAGAAAUAUCGUUCAUUGGAAUAGUGUUGAAUGGCGAGAUGGAAGUAAGAGGAUGUAAGAAGUGACUGAUGAUACACAUGUGCGGCCAGCUUAACUUUAAAAACAAAAAAAAACACCACUUUUCUAUGGCCGAUGCUAUUUUUAUGUUUAAAGUUCACAGUAAGACUGCUAGUGUUGUUAUUCACAACUGUGUAUUAGCUUAAUGAGGGCCGACGCACUGUCGAAAAAUUCAGAGAAAUAUCAUAGGAACGGAGUACUGUCAAUAUGAUGAAAUUCCAAUGGAAACUUCUAAGAGGCAUGCCCACUUUUCAAUUCUGCACCGGCCCUUUUUCGUACUUUUAACAAUAUAUAUAAAUAUUGAAUUAAUUAAAUUCUGUGAUAUUAUUUAAUAAAUGUGGUGUGUAUGUUAUUGAUGAAAU